UCUGCCUUAAUCACAGUGAAUGAGCCCAGGGGCAGAAAUGAAUUUGUGCCUCUCACUCUAAUUAGGGAGAGGGGAACCUAUGGGACGGUCAUCGUAACUUUUGAGUUAGAAGAUGGACCAAACCCAGCUGAAGAAGACUUGAGUCCAGCUAGGGGAAAUAUUACAUUUAACCCUGGGAGAUCAGUGCUGAUUUAUAAUUUAACAGUGCUUGAUGAUCAGAUACCUGAAAAUGAUGAAUUGUUUGUUGUUCAUCUGAGGAGCGUGGAGGGAGGGGCUGAAAUCAACGACACAAAAAAUUCUGUUCAGAUUAAUAUUAAGAAAAAUGACAGUCCUGUGCGUUUUGUUCAGAGUGCUUAUAUGGUAUCUGAGGAAGUUGACGUGGUAACAAUUCAAGUGGUUCGUGGUAAGGACGUCAGUGGAACAUUAAUCGGACCUGAUGAACAUGAAGUCUCUGUCAGUUAUGCCAUCAUAACUGGGAAUUCAACAGCACAUGCACAGAUUAAUGUAGACUUCCUAGAUCUACAGCCAAAUACAACUAUUGUCUUCCCACCUCUGGUUCAUGAAACUUAUAUGAAAUUUAAGAUCCUUGAUGAUGCCAUACCAGAAAUUGCUGAGACCUUUCAGAUUUUGCUUCUUAAGAACACUUUGCAGGGAGAUGCUGUUUUGGUUAAUCCAUCUGUUGUUCAUGUCACCAUCCAACCAAAUGAUAAACCCUAUGGAGUACUAUCAAUCAACAGUAUCCUGUUUGCUCAGACUGUUAUCAUUGAUGAAGACCAAAUUUCAAGGUUUGAAGGGAUCACAAUUGUAAGAAAUGGUGGAACACAUGGAAAUGUUUCUGUUACCUGGGUUAUAACCCGAAAUAGCAGUGAUCCCUCACCUGUGACUGCAGACCUCUUUCCAGAGACUGGGGAGACAUGUUUUGAUCAAGGACAGAUGUUGGUAACACUUCCUCUGAACGUUAUUAAUGAUGAUAUACCAGAAGAGGCAGAGCCCUAUCUUCUGAAACUCUUGGCUCACACAAUACAGGGAGGUGCAGAAGUCAGUGAACCAUCUGAGCUUUUGUUUUACAUUCAGGACAGUGAUGAUGUUUAUGGCCUAAUAAAAUUUUAUCCUUUGGCAAAUCAGAAGAUUGAAAGUAAUCCAACGGGACGCUUUUUAUCCUUGAGUUUUGCAAGGGAGAGAGGAACAGUUGGAGAUGUGCAGUUGGUUUAUACUGCACUGUAUAUUCCAGCUGGAGCUCUGGAUCCUGAGAGAGCGAAAGAUGGCAUUCUAAAUAUGUCUAGAAGAGGCAUUCUUAUGUUUCCAGAAGGAAAAACACAAGAUACUUUAAAUAUACCAAUAAGAAAUGAUGCGUUUCUUCAAAAUGGUGCUCAUUUCCUCAUACAGCUGGACAAAGUUGAGCUGGUGAAUAGUAUUCCUCUAGUCCCACCUGUAAGUCCUAGAUUAGAUGAGGUUCGAAAUAUUUCUCUGAGGAUUACUCCAGAUAUUGCAAAUGGAGAAAUAGGCUUUACUGGCAAUCUUCCAAUUAUUCUUUCUGAGCCAGAAGAUUCUGCUGCUACAGUGGUUUCCAUUGUAUUGCAUCGAGAUGGAACUGAUGGUCAAGCAACUGUGUUUUGGAGUUUGAAACCCUCUGGUGUCAACCAAAAGGCAGUAACUCAUGAUGACAUAAGUCCUUUUAAUGGCUCUGUUGUUUUCUUAUCUGGACAAAGUGAUACUACAAUCAACAUUACUAUUAAAGCUGAUGAUAUACCUGAAAUGAAUGAAACUGUGUUAUUAACUUUGGACAGGGUCAGUGUGGAAAAUCAAAUACUGAAAUAUGGGUUUACCACUUGUGAAAUUAUUAUUCUGGAAAAUGAUGAUCCUGGAGGAGUGUUUGAAUUUUCUCCCUCUUCCAGAGGUCCCUACAGUAUCAAGGAAGGGGAGUCUGUUGAACUGCAGAUUGUCCGCAGUAGAGGAAGUCUUGUCAGGCAGUUUCUACGCUACACUGUAGAACCAAGAGACAAUCAUGAGUUUUAUGGAAGCACAGGGAUUCUGGAGUUUAAGCCUGGUGAAAGAGAGAUCAUAAUUACUCUUCUGACAAGGAUGGAUGGGAUUCCAGAGCUGGAUGAGAUAUAUUCUGUGGUACUCAGUGGCUACAGUGAAAUGCCAGGCAAGUUGGGGAAUGCCACAAUGGUCAAUAUAACCAUUUUGAAGAAUGAUGAUCCACAUGGUGUCAUUCAGUUUCUACCUGAUGAACUAUCAGUAACAAUAAAGGAAAGUAAAGGAGAAAUCAUCUACGCUGCUGCUUACAGAGUUGUAAGAAACCAAGGAAACUAUGGCAACGUUAGUGUGUCUUGGAUUGUUGACCCAGCAUGUACCAAUGACAUCUAUCCAGAACAAGGGACUAUUUUCUUUGAUAAUCUGGAGUUUUCAAAAAAUAUCACCAUUUACUCACUGCCAGAUGAGGUACCUGAAGAGAUGGAAGUAUUCAUGAUCAGCUUGUUCAAUGCUACUGGUGGAGCCAGGCUGAGCAAUAUAACCAGUGCAAUUUUACAGAUUACAAGGAAUGAUGAUCCCAUUUAUUUUGCAGAACCUCUGACAGUGAGUGUUAAAGAAGGAAGUGUUGCAAACUUUACAGUCCUAAGGAAUGGAUCUGCUGAUGUUGCUGUUGCUGUCCAGUAUAUUACUGUUAAUGGAGAUGCAACAGCUGAAGAGGGAGACUUUGUUCCCAGUGGAAAGAGCAGUGUCAUUUGGUUCGAUGUUGGAGAAAGAAAGCAGAAUUUACGUGUGUAUAUUAAUGAUGAUGAUACCCCUGAAACUGAUGAAACAUUUUAUAUCUUCCUUUUGAAUUCUACAGGUGAUACUGUUAUCUUUAAGGCUGGAGUGGCUACAGUUAUUAUUGAAGCAAAUGAUGAUCCUAAUGGAAUGUUCUCCUUGGAACCUGUAGAGAAGCCAGUGGAAGAAGGCAAAACUAACAAUUUUUUGGUUUUGAGACAUAGAGGACACUUUGGCAAUGUCUCAUUGACCUGGCAGCUCUUUGAUAAUGACUCUGCGCUGAGGCCAGGAGAAGAGUUCUAUGAAACUUACGGGACUGUGUGCUUCAUAGAUGGUGAAGGAUCAAAGCCAGUAACACUGCAUGCUAUUUCGGAUACAAUUCCUGAAUUCAAUGAGUUUUACAUUCUAAAGUUGGUGAAUGCUUCAGGUGGGUCUCCUGGUCCUGGUGGUCAGUUAUCUGAAACAAGCCUUGCUGUAACCGUGAUGAUCCCAUUCAAUGAUGACCCUUUUGGAGUCUUUGUUAUAGAUCCAGAGAGCCAGGACAGAGAGAUAGUGGAAGAUGUUAUUUCUGAAGACGAUCUUUCCUAUAUUACAGACUUCACCAUCUGGAGACAACAAGGCACCUUUGGUGCUGUCCGGUUAGGUUGGGAAAUACUGUCUAGUACAUUCCAAGCUGGACUACCAUCAAUGGUAGAUUUCUUGUUGAUGGGAGUAUUUCCAAGUUCAGUACAGUCCCAGCCUCACAUGAGGCGCCAUCACACUGGAACAGAUGCUUUGUAUUUCAGUGGAAAAGAGGAUGCGUUUGGGAUUAUUGGUCAGGAAUACCUGUACAAUGGAAACACUGCAGUAACCAAUUUUACAUUUUCAGCGUGGUUAAUUCCUAACGUCAGCACUGAUGGUUAUAUAGUUGAAAAGGAUGAUGAUAAUGGGACCUUAUAUUACGGCAUGAAAAUCCAAACAAAUGAUUCUCAUGUUGCUGUAGUGCUUCAUUAUACAGCAUUAGGAUCCAAUAUAACAUAUAUGGCUAAAGCAACAGUCCUGAAAUAUCUGGAUGAAAAUACUUGGCUUCACAUUCUGAUUACUCUGGAUGAAAGUAUAAUUGAAUUUUACAUGGAUGGAAUGCCAGUUCUGGGAGGAAUGAAGAGCCUUAAAGGAGAAGCAAUUGCUGAUGGUCCAGGAAUAGUGAGAAUUGGAGCAGGAAUCAAUGGCAGCAGUAGGUACACAGGGCUAAUGCAGGAUGUAAGGCUUUAUGAGCGUAAAUUGACACGAGCUGAGAUCUAUGAACUCCAUGCAACUCCUGCGAAGACUGAUGUCCACCCUGUCUCCGGGUAUUUGGAGUAUCGGCAAGGAGAGACCAAUAAAACAUUCAUUGUGUCUGCAAAGGAUGACAAAGAGGAAGAAGGGGAGGAGUUAUUCAUCCUAAAGCUCAUUUCUGUGUGUGGUGGAGCUCGAAUUUCACAAGAAAAUACCACAGCAAGAUUAAGAAUACAGAAAAGUGAUAAUGCUAAUGGUUUAUUUGGCUUCACUGGAGCAUGUAUUCCUGAGACUGCCAAUGAGGGUUCCACUAUAUCCUGUGUUGUGGAGCGUACACGGGGAGCCCUAGACUAUGUGUAUAUAAAUUACAUUAUCUCACAGGUUGAUUCCACUGGCAUUAAUUACUCUGUCACCGAUUUUUCUAACAGCACUGGCACUAUCACAUUCCUUCCUUGGCAGAGAUCAGAGGUCUUAAAUUUGCAUGUUAUUGAUGAUGACAUUCCGGAGCUAAAUGAGUAUUUCCGUGUGACAUUAGUCUCUGCAGUAUCUGGAGAUGGAAAACUAGGUUCAACUGCUACCAGUGGAGCAAGUAUAGAUCCAGAAAAGGAAACUACUGAUAUCAGCAUCAAAGCCAGUGACCACCCAUAUGGUCUACUACAGUUCUCUGUGGGGCCAUCUCCUCAGCCAGGUGAUGAAAUGAUUCUGCCAGCCUCUGCUGUGCCCCAUAUUACAAUUAAAGAAGAAGUUGGACGCAUUGGAUUACUGGUAGUUCGUGCACAAGGCCUUCUUGGAACAGUUCUGGUGGAAUACAGAACAGUACCACUUACAGCUUUCAGUCCUAAAGAUUAUCAGGCUGUUGUGGGCAUGCUGGAAUUUCAGCCAGGAGAAAGAUACACAUACAUUACUGUUAACAUCACUGAUAAUUCUAUUCCUGAAUUAGAAAAAACUUUUAAAGUGGAGCUGUUGAACCCGGAGGGAGGAGUUGCUGAGCUCUUUAGAAAUGAUGGCAGUGGUAGUGGUGAUGGGAACAUGGAUUUCUUCCUUCCAACUGUCCAUCAACACGCUAGCUUGGGAAUUGCAUCCCACAUCCUUGUAACUAUUGAGGCUUCUGAUGACGCUCAUGGUGUGUUUGAGUUCAGUACUGAGUCACUCUUGGUAAAUGGAACUGAGCCUGAAGAUGGAGAUAGCAAUAUUGUACUGCAGGUUGUGAGAACGCAUGGGGCCUUGUCUCAGGUGACACUGCAUUGGAUUGUAGCCUGUGAUCUUAGCAAAGACCUGAUCUCCACAGAUGGGAAUGUAACAUUUGAUGCUGGCCAAGUGAGAGCAAAUAUUACAGUACAGGUUUCUCCUGAUGAAGUUCCUGAAUUGGAUAAAGUGUUUUCAGUUUUGAUCGUCAAUGUCUCCAGUGGUCGUCUUGGAAAUCAUACUAAUGCAACAUUAACUAUUUUAGCUAAUGAUGAUCCAUAUGGAGUCUUCAUCUUUUCUGAGCAAAACAGACCAAUGAGAGUUGAGGAAGAAACAAAAAAUGUCUCCCUGACAAUAAUAAGGCACGGUGGUCUCCUCGGUACAGUAAUGGUAACAUACAGAACUAUUGACACUGAUGAAAAGUCACCUUUUCUUCCACCUGAUGUUGUUAGAGCCAUAGAGGGAAAAGAUUAUAUACCCAUUACAGGUUACAUGAUCUUUGCAGCCAGUGAAAGUGAGGCCACAAUAUCUUUGCCUAUUUUGGAUGAUGAUGAUCCUGAGAGGUCAGAAUCUGUUUUUGUGGAGCUAAGCAGUGUUGUUUUGAUUGAGAAAGUACAGGAUCGGCCAAUUGUAAAUUCUCCUCAACUUGGAUUAGUGGAUGAGAGAAUAGCUCAUGUAAUUAUCAAUGCCAAUGACGAUGCCUUUGGAACACUUCAGCUUUCAGCUUCAACUGUGCGAGUUGCUGAAAAUUAUGUUGGACCAAUCAUUAAUGUGACCAGAACUGGGGGAGUAUUUGCAGAUGUUUCUGUGAAAUUUAAAGCUAUGCCAAUAACUGCAACAGCUGGUGAGGACUACAGUGUAGCCUCAUCAGAUGUUGUCUUACUAGAAGGAGAAACAAGUAAAGCUGUGCCAAUUUAUAUAAUUAAUGAUAUCAGUCCUGAAGUUGAAGAGUCAUUUUAUGUUCAGCUGCUGAAUCAAACAACAGGAGGAGCCUUGCUUGGAUCUUUGACUAGCGCAAUUAUAACUAUCGAGGCUUCUGAUGACCCAUUUGGAUCCUUUGUUUUUCAGAUUACCGAAUUCACUAUGGAGGAGCCUGAGUUUGGAUCAGUAACCAUAAAUCUGCCAAUAAUCCGCAAUGCUGGGACACUUGGUAAUGUUACUGUUCAGUGGAUUGCUACCAUUAAUGGACAUCCUGCUGAUGCUGACUUGCAGGUCGCCUUGGGUAAUAUUACUUUUGCCCCUGGGGAAGCCAUUCAGAUGUUGCUGUUGGAAAUCCUGGCUGAUGAUGUUCCAGAAAUAGAAGAAAUUGUCCAUGUAGAAUUAACUCAGGCCUCCAAUGGUGGUGCUAUUGGGUUAGAUGGCGUGGCAAAUAUUAUAAUACCUGCCAAUGAUAAUCCUUAUGGCACAGUUUUCUUUCAUCAAUCCUUAUACCAAAUUCAGGAGCCACUAGAAAGAAAGUUGCUUGCAAAUGUAACAGUCAGGCGAAGCGGGGGAAGGUUUGGUCAGCUGCAGAUAUUUUACAGCACUUCUGAGACUGACAUCAUAGCUCUUGCCAUUGAGCAAGGUCAGGAUAUCCUGGCCUGUUACGAGUCUCCUGUACAAGGAAUUCCUGACCAACUAUCCAGGACCAGAGUGAACAUGUCAGCAGCAAGUGACCCACUGUAUGCCUGUGCAACUCAGUGCCUAAAGGAACAAGCAUGUUCAGCCUUUACAUUUUCCAGUGCCUCUGAGAUUCCUCUCUGCCUUUGGCUGACAUCAGACAUCAGCCCAUUAACUAACACUUCAGGAUUCUGGACCUACAAGAAAAACAUCACCAGUGCAUCUGCUCUCUUUAGCACACAAGCCAUAGGUGGUAGUGAUUAUGAAUCUAUUACAAGACAGUGGGCCAUAAUGCAGGAAGGGCAAGAGUUUGCAAAUCUCACAGUUACCAUACUCCCUGACAGUCUGCCAGAGUUGGAUGAGAAAUUCACUAUAUCCCUUUUGAAAGUUGAAGUUAUGAACAUCUCAGCCAGCUUAAAAAAUCAACCAACUAUAGGACAGCCAAACACUUCCACAGUUAUCAUAAUGAUGAAUGGAGAUGCAUUUGGAGUAUUUAAGAUCUACAGCGUAAGUCCCAAUGCGACAGAGAAAGGUCUGUAUGUUGAAGUAGAAGAACGUACUCAGAACGUGCAGCUAAUGAUACAUAGGACAGAAGGCAGCCUGGGACAGGUGACAGUGGAAUGGCAUGUGGUUGGUGGAACUGCUACCCCAAACUUGGAUUUUGUAGGUGUUGGUGAGAUUCUGGUGUUCGCUGAAGGGGAAACAAAAAAGAUGGUCAUGCUAACCAUUUUAGAUGAUUCAGAGCCAGAGGACAAUGAAAGUAUCAUUAUCAGCCUGGUCCAUACUGAAGGAGGAAGUCGGAUUCUGCCCCGUUUUGACACUGUCACAGUGAUUAUUCUGGCAAGUGACAACGUGGCAGGAAUUAUUAGCUUCCAGACAGCCUCAAGAUCUGUUAUUGGUCGUGAAG